UGCACGGCUGCGACACAGAAAUGUCAGAAGUGUCACCAGCACCGUCACAAGCAGCACGUUCACAUCGUAGGACAUCUAACGAGGCGAACUAUUUAGUAUGUUAGUAGGCGGAUUGGGACGCAGCCGCCGCCUCACAGAGUCCCGCAGAGAAACUGAUGGAAGGAGGCAAGUUGUGAGGAAAAGAAAAAGGCGGCAUUUAAUGUCCUCUUAAAGGGUAAAUUCAUUUAAAAUGGCGGAGUCCGGUCCGUUUAGGGGUCUGCCCCGGAUCCGGAGGGCUGCGGCCUCAAUUCCUGGAAAUCUGCACCUGGUUCUGGUUCUGACGCCCAAAACUCAGUCUCAAGGCACUGGCACAGACCUGGGCUUCCGCUUCUGUCAGGACGACUUCACUAUCAAAAUGCCUGUGAUCAUGCUGAGUUCAGUCACUGAUCUGCUGCGCUAUAUUGACGAGAACCAGUUGAGCGCUGAUUUCAGUGGAACUCUCGAGUGCUGCUCCACAGACUGGAUCGUCCUGAAGACGGCCAUAGAGAGUUUUGCGGUGAUGGUGAAGGACGUGGCUCAGCUGCUGCAGGUGUUUGGAACGGAACUAGCCGAGACUGAACUGCCCGAGGAACCGAACGCCAUCGAGUACCUGCUCCGCUCUCACACUGACAAAUACAGACAGAUGAAGGAUGAUAUUCGCUCAGUGAUGAAGGAGGGACGUCAGAUCCUGUCUAAUCUAGAAGGAGUUAAAAGGACGGAGGACAGGGACAUUGCUCAAGACAGGGACACUGUACACAGACUCCUCACCCAGCUCAGGGACAUGGAGAUGGCGUUUGAUGGGUUUUUUGAGAAGCACCACCUGAAAAUGCAGCAGUACCUGCAGCUCCUCCGCUACGAGCUGAGUUUUCACGAGAUGGAGGGGAAGCUGGAUGAUCUGAUUAGCCGAGAGAAAGCGAUUCCUGCUGCAGGAUUGACAGCGGCUCAGACACAACAACUCAUCGCUGAACUACACACUCUCGACUCCAUCGCUGAGGAGGAGAUGGGUCAUGCUCAGAUUGUUAUCCUUCACGGUCAUCAGUUAGCAGCGAGUCAUCACUACGCUCUGGCUCUCAUCGUCCAGCGCUGUAACGAGCUGCGUCAUCACUGUGACACACUGACCACGGCCCUGCGCAACAAACACACUUCGCUCACACACACACACACUCUGCAGCUACGCCUCGAGGAGGCAGUGCGUUGGUGUGAUGAGAGUGUGUAUCUGUUGGCCGGUCAGAUGGUGGAUAAAUUCCAGUCUAAAGAAGGAGCUCAGGAAGCUCUGAGUGACAUCGAGAGACUGCUGGAGUCCAAACCAACUCUCAGCUACACUACUGACACACACACACCUGAGAUACGGGCUCAGGAAACAGUAGUGAUGGAGAAGUAUUCCUCAGUGCAGGUGAUGCUGGAGAACAGACAGGCAUGUUUGCGUAAACUCGCCUGCGUUCAGGUGAGACCCAUCCAGCCUGUCUCCCCGAGACCCGAGAGCCCGACCCGCCUCAAAUCCCCGCUGUUCUCCCCCAAACACAGUUUUGAUGUGAAUUCCAGUCUGAAGUUCUCCUUUGAUCUCUCUCUCCCAGGAAAAAGAACCGCACGCAAGAACAGCUGCACCAAGAAGAUUGAGGUGAUGCACCAGGAGAGUCGUGGCAGCGUGUGUCAAGAAGCAGAAGGAGCAGAGAACCCCGAACAGCAGACAUGUCAUGUGAUGAAGGAGCUGAUUGACACGGAGAAGGUUUAUGUGGAGGAGCUGCUCAGUGUUCUACUGGGUUACAGAGCUGAGAUGGAUAACCCUGCUCUGUCUCACAUCCUGCCAUCCGAACUGAAAGACAAGAAGGAGGUUUUAUUUGGAAAUCUGCCAGAAAUUUACAAAUUUCACAGCAGGAUAUUUGUUCAGGACCUGGAGAGCUGCAGGCAGACUCCAGAGAGAGUGGGAGCAAGAUUUCUGGAGAGAAAGGAGAAUUUUCAGGUGUAUGAGCGUUACUGUCAGAAUAAACCUCGCUCAGAGGCCAUGUGGAGGCAGUGUGCAGACUCUCCAUUUUUCCAGGAGUGUAAGAGGAAACUGAAGCACAAACUGGAUUUGGAUUCGUAUUUACUGAAACCUGUUCAGCGUCUGACCAAAUAUCAGCUCCUGCUGAAGGAGCUGUUGAAGCAUAGUACACAAUCGCAGAAUGUUUGUGAGAUCCAGGGGGCGCUAAAUGCUAUGCUGGACCUCCUCAAAUCUGUUAACGACUCCAUGCACCAGAUUGCCAUCACUGGAUACGAGGGGGACCUAUGUGACCUGGGCCGGGUGUUAAUGCAGGGUUCGUUCAGUGUGUGGAUGAGCAGGAAGUCGUCACGUGUGAAGGACAUGGCUCGGUUUAAACCAAUGCAGAGACACUUGUUCCUCCACGAGAGGGCGCUGCUAUUCUGUAAAAAACGGGAAGAGAAUGGAGACGGAGCCGAACGCACCGCCUCCUACAGCUUCAAACACUGCCUCAGGAUGAGUGCUGUGGGUAUCACAGAGAACAUCAAAGGUGAUAUGAAGAAGUUUGAGAUCUGGUACAGUGGGAGAGAAGAGGUGUAUGUAGUGCAGGCUCCAACAGUUGAGGUGAAGUCAGCAUGGCUCAGUGAGAUCAGAAAAAUCCUCACAAACCAUCAGAAAACUGGUCAAGAUGAAGGUCAUGGUGCUGUAGGCUCUCUCUCUCCUCUUCUGGUGAACAGUAUGGAGAGGGCGUCGGUCUGCAUGCCCUGGAGCCCCGCCCCCAUGGCAGCCUGCUCAGGUUGUUUUGAUGUCCCUCCUCACAGUAAGGGGGCACCAAUGCACUCGGACGAGUCAGGGAGCUCCAGUCCGGUUCUGACAGACCCCGUGAUGUUCUCACCUCGACCCCAGAACCGCAACCGCCGCAGUUGGCCAGGAACUUCAAACUCCGUGGAUAUUUGUGAGACUUUAGAGGACUGGACCACUGACCUGUCCUUCAUCUCCGACUCAGAUGAAGAAGAUGACGUCCUACUGGUUCCUGGGAAGUACCGAGCCCUUGUGGAUCACCUGAAGUGUGGUAAAGAUGAGGUCAUCAUAAAACACGGCGAUGUCAUCCACUUACUGCAGGAGAACACGGCGGACCUGUGGCACGUAAAAAACCUGACUCGCGGAGGUGAGGGAAAACUUACAGCUGAUGCCUUGCACAGAAUUCUGGGGAAUGUGGACAGAAGCCAUGUGAUCAGGCCUGAAGGUGACUGUACGGCUCGGGAAAUAUAAGCAGAAUGAUGAACACACCAUGAUGAGACCCUUCAUAUUCAAGGAAACAUCUACAUUAUUAUCCAGCAUGGACACACACACACACGCACACACAUCCAAUAUCGUAUUUUGUGGACUAUAGGUGGUGUAGUGUGUGCUGAAGCGAGGUGUGUGUCACUGUAAUAUGCUCAUGUAUUAGUGUGUUUACGGUAGGUGAGAUACUCCAGCAGUUGUAGUGCACAGGAUCAUACAGGGUUGUGUGUGUGUGUGUGUUUUGUAUUAUAUUUUGUUAAAAUCAGUAUUUUGUGCUAAACAGGACUGAACUCUAUAUGGAAAAAAAGCGAUCAGAUUUGAUCAGAAGCUCCACCCAUGCUGAUUUCAGAACCAUGUGUUAGGGUAAAGAAUUUCGUGUUUUUCGGAUGAAUCUUUAGAUGAAUUAUAAAAAAUAAUUCAGUGCUUGUUAUCAGGUUAAGAGUUAGUCUGAGGUUCACUGAGCUGGUUCGUCUGACCUGAUGUGGGUUUAGUCCAGAAAAUACGGUAAGCGAAGGCCGCCAUUCCUUUCCUCCUGUUUUACACUGUUCUUCAAUUUCCUUCAUCAUUGAACAUUUCUGACUUUAUAGAGCACAACCUGGAACACCUUUACCAUCAGCGCAGUGUGACACAACAUCGAAAGUGUGUUUACUGGAGGCUUCUGCACCCAGGACUAUGAGUCAGGAGAACUUUAUUCUGAAGGUAACAGGAGAGCAGAACUCACUGUUGAAUUCGCUGAUUUCACAUUUCUUUGCCAGAAUCCCGUCAGCCUCAGUGUAAAGUGAGCUGAGAGUGUGUGUACUGUAAUGCUAGCUCAUGGAUUAGCAUGUGUACUAUCCUGCUCAUUUCUUUUCCUCUAGAGAUUCACAGAUACAAACUGAUCUAAACUAUAUAUUAAUAAAUUUUAAUCAGACUUUGUAGAUUCCACACCCUUCAGUGUAAAGCAAACACGAUGCUCCUGUCUGAUCUUGGCAGGCUUAUAAGAGUCAUGUUUGCUUCCAGGAAGUGUGCGCUUCUCUACAGGAUGCGACAAAAUGAACCGUAUAGAAAAAACUAGCACUUUUAGGAUCUACUUCGUGCCAAACUUCUGUGACAUCACACAUUUUUACACACAGCGCUUUGUUUCUAAUCCAGUUUUAUACUUUGGUAGUGUUUUCAUAGCAUUGUGGAUUUUAUUACAGUUUAUUUGUUAGUUUAAUGCCUCCCUGUUUACACACACACACACACACACACUCACACAAAGCAGUGUUAAUGAAUAUUUCAGAGCCUUCCGUCUUCCUCACUGGUGUAUGCUAAGCGAGCUUUGCUAAUUCCAUUGCUCAGGUGGUUAUGAAGGUGUGUUUUAUAGCUGAAUAUGAAUAUGAAGCCAUAAAUAUGAGUAAGGAGCUUUAGAUGUUUGAAGGUAGGUGUACAGGAGAAAGUGUAUAAAAUGGGAGAAGGACUAUAAAUUACUUUCACUACAUGUUUAAGCACAAGAUGUAUAAUGCUAUAAAAAGCCAUUUUUUCCUCAGUGCAGUGGCUUGAAUGUAAAUAUGCGUUGUUUAUUAUCUCAUUGUGCCAAAAUUAAUGUAUUCAUAUUUCAUUUUUAUUUUUCACUGUUAAGAAAAAGCACGCAUCCAGCUGCUGUUCGGUGUUGACCGAGCGCAGUUAAUUAUUUACUCAUUAGCUAAUGCCUGCUGCUAAUCAUCUGCUUUAUGAACACUGACGGCUUUACGGCUAAAUGAACUACAGAUUUCACCAUGA